GGCGGAGCCCUCACCAAAGAUGGUGGCGGCCGAGCGGGCCGGGCGGGGGUGCCGCCGCCGGUAGCUCCCCGCUUCCCUCCCAAAUGGCUGCGUUUUAGCUUGUCAGACAGUGUAAUCUGAGCAAAGAGAAGAUGGUGGGGACCAUGAGCAGUUUUCCCAGGUUGCCAAAUGGAUGCCAGAGACAAGCAGCUUUUACGCUCCCUGCGCCUGGAGCUUUGUACAGAGGUGCUGGUGGAUGGACUGGUUAUUCAGUAUCUCUACCAAGAAGGGAUUCUCACAGACAGUCACGUUCAAGAGAUAAAAUCCCAAACCACAAGUCAAAGGAAAACCAUGAUGCUCCUUGAUAUUCUCCCUACUAGAGGACCCAAAGCUUUUGAUGCAUUCUUGGAGUCCUUACAGGAAUUCCCGUGGGUCAAAGACAAGUUGAAGGCGAAGCGUAAGGAAAUGACAGUACAAGAUCCUGCAGACAUAACUGAAAUUGCACCAUGUAUUUUGAAGAGCUCACCAACAGAUCAGCAGAUGAACAAGCUUGCAAAGAGACUGGGACCUGAAUGGGAGCAUAUUGUUCUGUGCCUGGGUUUGUCCCAUACUGACAUCUAUCGAUGUAAAGUCAAUCACCCUCACAAUGUGCAGUCACAGAUUGUAGCAGCAUUUGUCCUGUGGAGACAGCGUUUUGGGAAAAAAGCAACAAUCCAAAGUCUGCAAGCCAGUCUGAUGGCAGAAGAAGUGGAUCCUUCUGUGAUACAGUACAUGCUCGAGUGAAGCCUUGCUUUGGGAGCUUUCACACACUUUGCUAAAUUAAAUAAAGAGGAUUCACUGA